AGCCAGGGCUAUUCAAGCAGGGCUGUCCCUGGAAUGACCAAACUACUAGGGGCACUUCAUUUUUUGGCUUCUGGAUCCUUUCAGGUGACAGGGGGCAUUGUAACUGGGGUGCAUAAGUCCACUCUUUCUAAGCAUCUUUCAAAAGUUAUUGAUGGACUUUAUGAUAAUUGCAGAAAAUUUAUUUUUUUCCCCACAUCACCCAGAGGUUGGCGUGAUGUUAAGAGGGACUUUUUUCUUUUAGGUGGCAUACCCAAUGUCCUUGGGGCCAUUGACUGCACUCAUAUUGCCCUAAGACCCCCUGUGCGCAGGGAGAUAAUAUUUAGAAAUAGGAAACACUUCCACUCCUUAAAUGUGCAGAUUAUAUGUGAUGCAAACAUGCGCAUAUUAAAUGUCGUGGCAGGGUUCCCAGGAAGUAGCCAUGAUGCCUACAUCCUCAGGAAUUCUGGUGUGUGGAGAUUGUUUGAGACAAAUCAAAUGCCUGAAGGACAUCUCCUCGCAGAUUCUGCAUAUCCUCUUAAAAAAUGGAUUUGGACACCAUUGAAAGAGAACCAGGUUGUUGGGCCUGCUGAAUUAAGAUAUAAUGAAGCACAUAUCCGAACACGUGCUAUAAUAGAACGACUGUUUGGUGUUCUAAAAAUGCGCUUUCGCUGCCUGGACAGAUCAGGGGGGGAUCUCCAAUUCAGUCCGGAAAAAGCUAUUAAAAUCAUAGUGGCAUGUUGCUGUCUACACAACAUGGCACAGGAGCAUGGGAUGUUGAACGACUUACUUCCAACACCACAGCCCCCAGGUGAAAUCUUUGAGCCUGAUGUAAUUAAUCAUCCCCAACCCCUCAAUGCCCAUUUGGAGGGAUCUGCAACUAUUCAAGAAUUCUUUUCAGAUUGAAGAUUCUCAGAAAUGGAAUACCACUCCCCUCCCUCUCUCCUCAUCCCUAUAUUUACCACAUUUUCCCUAAAUAAAUGUAUACUUUACUCAAAUAUA